AUGAGUGUGCCAUCAGGGUCUAGCGGUGUGAACAUAUCAGGGUCUGGGGGUGUGAACAUAUCAGGGUCUGGAGGUGUGAACGUAUCAGGGUCUGGGGGUGUGAACAUAUCAGGGUCUGGGGGUGUGAACAUAUCAGGGUAUGGAGGUGUGAACGUAUCAGGGUCUGGGGGUGUGAACAUAUCAGGGUCUGGGGGUCUGGAGGCAGGGUCUGGAGGUGUGAACGUAUCAGGGUCUGGAGGUGUGAACGUAUCAGGGUCUGGGAACAUAUCAGGGUCUGGAGGUGUGAACGUAUCAGGGUCUGGAGGUGUGAACGUAUCAGGGUCUGGGGGUGUGAACAUAUCAGGGUCUGGGGGUGUGAACAUAUCAGGGUCUGGAGGUGUGAACGUAUCAGGGUCUGGAGGUGUGAACGUAUCAGGGUCUGGAGGGUCUGGAGGUGUGAACGUAUCAGGGUCUAGCGGUGUGAACAUAUCAGGGUCUGGGGGUGUGAACAUAUCAGGGUCUGGAGGUGUGAACGUAUCAGGGUCUGGAAGUGGGAACGUAUCAGGGUCUGGAGGUGUGAACAUAUCAGGGUCUGGAGGUGUGAACGUAUCAGGGUCUGGAGGGUCUGGAGGUGUGAACGUAUCAGGGUCUGGAAGUGGGAACGUAUCAGGGUCUGGAGGUGUGAACAUAUCAGGGUCUGGAGGUGUGAACGUAUCAGGGUCUGGAGGUGUGAACGUAUCAGGGUCUGGAGGUGUGAACGUAUCAGGGUCUGACGGGUCUGGAGGUGUGAACGUAUCAGGGUCUGGAGGUGUGAACGUAUCAGGGUCUGGGAACAUAUCAGGGUCUGGAGGUGUGAAUGUAUCAGGGUCUGGAGGUGUGAACGUAUCAGGGUCUGGAGGUGUGAACGUAUCAGGGUCUGGAGGUGUGAACGUAUCAGGGUCUGGAGGUGUGAACAUAUCAGGGUCUGGCGUUGUGAACAUAUCAGGGUCUGGCGGUGUGAACGUAUCAGGGUCUGGCGUUGUGAACGUAUCAGGGUCUUCCGGUGUGAACGUAUCAGGGUCUGGAGGUGUGAACGUAUCAGGGUCUGGGGGUGUGAACAUAUCAGGGUCUGGCGGUGUGAACAUAUCAGGGUCUGGAGGUGUGAACAUAUCAGGGUCUGGAGGUGUGAACGUAUCAGGGUCUGGGGGUGUGAACAUAUCAGGGUCUGGCGGUGUGAACAUAUCAGGGUCUGGCGGUGUGAACGUAUCAGGGUCUGGAGGUGUGAACGUAUCAGGGUCUGGAGGUGUGAACGUAUCAGGGUCUGGAGGGUCUGGAGGUGUGAACGUAUCAGGGUCUGUCGGUGUGAACGUAUCAGGGUCUGGCGUUGUGAACGUGGCCUAA